AUGCGUACAUUUAUAUCCGUCGUUACUCUAGUGGUUAUUGGUGUUAUCAUCAUUGAGGCAGCGCCCCACAAACAUCAUGAUGAAGGACAUGGUAAGGCUACCAGUUAUGCUGUGGUAACUAAACAUGAAAGCUCACACAAAGGAGGAAGUCAUGGAGAUGAUGGCUCCCAUCAUGGAGGAAGUUACGGCGAUCAUGGCUCCCACAAGGGAGGAAGUCACGGAUAUUAUGGACAUGGCCAUAAUGAUGGAGGACAUCACGGUCAUGCUCAUGGCAAGGGAGAUGAUCAUGGCGAUGAUGACCAUGAUUAUCAUAGUCAUCCAAAAUAUGAUUUCGGAUAUGGUGUUAAGGAUUCCAAAACUGGUGACGUCAAAGAUCAAUGGGAAUCCAGAGAUGGUGAUAAAGUUAAGGGCAGUUAUUCUCUCAAGGAGUCUGAUGGCACAACCCGUGUUGUAAGUUAUUCUUCGGAUAAGAAAUCUGGUUUUGAAGCUAGUGUACACAAAAUCGGUCAGGCCCAUCAUGAUUCCAAGGAAGAAAAUCAUCAUGGACAAAGCCAUGGUGGACACGGUGAUUACAAACAUUCUGGUCAUGGAAAAGCCAGCAGUUAUGUAUCGGUUAAGAAUCAUUAA